AGGUCGCUGGUGCUGUUUGUUGGUGGUAGAAGUGGAAGCGGCGUGUCUGUGGCGGAGGCGGCUGUGGCGCUGCGGGACGGACGGACGGAGGAGUUGGCGAAAGGGGGAAGCCGGGACAGCGGAGUGGGUUGCUCGGCAUGAACGGGGCGGCCCCGCCGCUCUUCGACUGUAAGGAGCGCGCCUUGCUGCUGGGCGAGAGUUUCGAGAGGCAGCCGCGCUCCGCCUUCCACACCGUGCGCUAUGAUUUUAAACCUGCAUCAAUUGAUACAUCUUGUGAAGGUGAUCUUGAAGUUGGCAAAGGUGAACAGGUGACAAUAACUUUGCCAAAUAUUGAGGGUUCUACUCCACCUGUAACAGUUUUCAAGGGUUCCAAGAAGCCAUACCAAAAAGAAUGCAUCUUGAUAAUUAACCAUGACACUGGAGAAUGUAGACUAGAGAAGCUUAGUAGCAAUAUCACUGUGAAGAAAACCAGAGGUGAAGGAAGCAGUAAGGUCCAGUUUCGUAUUGAGCAGCAGCAGCAACUAAUGAGAAAUGCAAGUAAGGUUCCAAACAGUGUUAAAUUUUCUCCACCGAAAGAAAAGAUGUCUCCACCUUCUCCUAUGGAUGAUAUUGAAAGAGAGCUAAAGGCAGAAGCUAAAGUUAUAGAGCAAAUGAGUAGCUCUGAUAGUUCAUCCGAAUCAAAGAGUUCAUCCUCUUCAUCAAGCAGUGACAAUAGUUCUAGUGAUUCAGAAGAUGAAGAGGCAAAGCCAUCUUCCCUGUCAAUGCCACACCUGCGGCCUACUGUUAUGGCUGUAUCACAACAGGCCUUUCCAGAUGUGGAUGCUGGAUAUCACAGAAGUCAAGAGAACAGUGGCCACUUCAUGAACACACUGCGGAGUGAUCUCCAGUUGAGUGAAUCUGGAAGUGACAGUGAUGACUGAAGAUACUUUCCUGUUUUAAAGAUGCAUCAUUUCCAUUGCUGAAGAUGAAGAGGCAUUUGUUUUGCACUACAUUUAAACUUAUAAAAAGUUACCAACUUUGAUAAUAAAGUUGACUUAAUUUUUCUGAUUUCAAGUUCAGCAGAAUUCCUUUUGCCAUAACUUCAUAUGGCUCUUUCAAAUUUCUGGAUUUUGGUAUUCAUUCUUUUUACCUGGAUCCAGAGUAGCCUGUGCUACCUCCUUUGCUUAAAAUUUCAGACAGCUAACUAUUAUAUGUUCGAUAUGGAGGAAGUUCCUGUUCAUAGCGUACAUAUUUUAGAUCAACAUUUUACUAUUACUUAGGGUAAUAUCUAGUGCACUGUCUCCAGUAUUUGUCUAAUUUAACUCCCAUUUAUUUCAAUGGGUCUACUCUAAGUAUAAUUAACACUGGAUACAACCCUUAAUUGUAUAAGUAGGGGGGAGUUGAACUCUGUUAUGUUUUAUUCCUUAAGCAAACUAUAUGAAAGUAACUGCCAAGAAACAAUAUGGCAUGAUCUAAUUUUGUGUAAUUUAUGAGAGGUAUAUUGACACAUUUGAAUUUCCUCGUGUUCUCCAGCCUGCUCUCUCUAAAUGGGCCUUAGUGGGGUGGGGGAUGGGGUUGUGGCUUCUGUAAUUUGAAUCAACUGAUAGCUUUAGCAUCUUGCUAGCUAAAUGUAUCUUGCUGCACAACACAAAAGUCCUUUUAAAAUUCUAUUAAGAUCAGUUCAUUACUUUUGAUAAAUGGUAAGAUUUUGGUCUGUCAUUAAAGUUUGUUUCACAUUCA